AGUUUCUGCAGGUGCUCGGAGAAGUGCAGCAUUGGCGUAACGCGCUUAUAACCUCUCUCACGAUGGCCUCAGCUACAGAUAAUCGUUAUGGGCAGAAGGAGUCCUCUGACCAGAACUUCGAUUACAUGUUCAAGAUCCUAAUUAUUGGCAACAGCAGCGUGGGAAAGACCAGCUUUCUGUUUCGCUAUGCAGAUGACUCCUUCACCCCGGCUUUUGUUAGUACAGUGGGCAUUGACUUCAAGGUGAAGACCAUCUACAGGAAUGACAAAAGGAUCAAGCUGCAGAUCUGGGACACAGCAGGGCAGGAGCGCUACAGGACUAUCACCACAGCUUACUACAGAGGAGCCAUGGGCUUUAUCCUCAUGUAUGAUAUCACCAACGAGGAGUCUUUCGCUGCUGUACAGGACUGGUCUACACAGAUAAAGACAUACUCAUGGGACAAUGCCCAGGUGCUUCUGGUGGGUAACAAGUGUGACAUGGAUGAUGAAAGGGUGGUGGCUUCCGAGAGGGGCCGACAACUCUCUGAACAUCUUGGGUUUGAAUUUUUCGAGGCCAGUGCCAAAGACAACAUCAACGUAAAGCAGACCUUCGAGCGCCUGGUCGACAUCAUCUGUGAGAAGAUGUCCGAAAGCCUGGACGCCGGAGACCCAGCCGUCACCGGAGCCAAACCGGGUCCACAGCUCACCGAGCAGCCCGCCGCGCCACACCAGGACUGCGCUUGUUAAAAAAACACAAAAAAAAAAAAAAACACACCCAGUCUCUCUAACUACACUGCCCUGCACUACCACACACAGGAAAAGAUUAAAACACUACAAGGAAUUAGAGGGGAAAAUAUUAAGACCUAUCUUCAUCUAGAAUACUUGUGUACUCUUUUAUUUUCGACCUUUUUCUGUUUGCUCUGAUUCAUUUUGAGACUUUUAUCUUGAUUAUGUUUGACAUUAAAUGUUUACAUUAAGUUCAUCCCCCACUUUUGUCUUAGAUUUGAAGAGGGAUAGCGACACUACAUGUUGAGAUUAGAUCUGAGAUGACGAAGCACAAACGUGUGUAACCACCAAUACCACCUACUUGUUUUGGCUUUUAAUUUAUGUGUUUGUAUUUUUUUAUGAUUCUUUAAUUGCUCUAAUGUUUUAUUGUUGCUAAAUGAAAUAAGAACAAAUACUAGAGAAAUUGAUGUAUAUUUAUUCCACAUGUGUAUAUAUAAUAUGUGCAGUAUUUAAUUGCUACAGGUAGAGUAACAUUGAACCAUGUUUUUGAAAAGGACAGGUUGGAGAACGCUAAAGAAAAUAAGAGAAAUCGUACUGUUUUUGUGGUAAUCCUUGGCAUUGCUUGUCACCAAUUUCUUGCGUAAUUAAGUCACACUCAGCGUACCUUCAGUCACUUAAUCGCUUCUUCUUACCUCUGUUAUGAGACUUGUGAAGGUCAUAUAUACACAGACAUUCCUUAGUGUAAAUCGCAUGGAAGGAAUUUAAGCCAUUUAGGCAAAUGGUUACAAGAUCCUGUACUGAUCCUGUCCACCGCUGUAGAUCCAAGCAGUCAUUUUGAAAUUAAAGAUGCAAUUUAUCUAUACUUACAGUAGCGUACAAUAUUCUAGUCACUUUUGCUUCUUCAAAUAUUAAGGACACCACCUAUCCAUCGCCUAACUUUACCUGAUGUUGCAAAUUUCUUAAUUAUUAACACGUUUUAAAUAUGAGAGUUGCCUGUUUUUGACAUUUAAUAAAUUAUGAUGUAAAUGAUUUUGCCAGUACAGGAGAUACAUAUUUAAAUGUUGUAUAGUGAGAAAAAUAAAAAAGGAAAACAUCUUAUGUUGUAAAUGUGUACUUGUAUUGUUACAUGACUAAUCAGGACUGUUACCUAACAUUACUAAGAAUAAAAACAGUGUGAUUAUAACGAUGAGUCCCGAAAUUACAAUUUUAUGACUUAAGUGUGUUCCCGAACGCUCCAAAUAGAUACUUUCCACCUUUUUUCUCUCUGCUAUGCUGUCUUCCUGAAACCUGUAAAUAUAUUUUAGUCUUCGGUUUUUCUGUGUGGUUGUGCUGUAUUGAUUCUGGGGUCUAAAACGUAGAAAAAGAUAAGAAUUAAGAAAUUAUUUAUGUGCUUUAUCUGCUAUCGUGUAUGCCUGCUUGUGAAUGAGUGUAUCACUUUAUGACAAAGCAAUACUGAGAAAAAAUAUCUUUCCAAGUAUUUAUUAUUUCGUCGCAUCCUUCUAGGAAUGAGAGACAUAACCUGUUUUUGUUUACGAUGGUACUCAGAUUCUUAGAUCUCAAAGAUAAAUCGAGUUAACAAAUCUUCAAUAUGAGACCAAAUAGUGAACGGCUUUCUGAAUAGAACCAUUGUGUUCUUGGCCUGCUUUACUCCACCUCUAACGCUAUUGAGAUUAUUAUUGAACUGAUGUAAGCAUAAAAGUAAACAAUCAGCAUUUCCAUUCUGACACCAAAAAAAACAUAAGAUGAUUUUAGUAUUGAUUGUUUUUUGCUUGUUUUAAAUUCUGCAUCUGAUGUAAAUGCAUCAUUGUGGGUUUUUUCUACUUUAUUUUUUUCUAAUUUUUCUUUUUAUAAUAUGGGAAAUUAUGUGUACAUUUAAAAAAAAGAACAACUAUUAUGCAGUAGUAAAUUUAUCCUCAGUACAAUAAAGGGCAUGGUGUCAAAUGUUCAGUGGUGAAGUUUACCAAACCACCUGUCUAUGUUGUGAAAAUUACUGAAAUGAAAAAAUAAAGGUUGUGCUGUUAAAAUAA